AUUAAGGGACACGUUUGGUACUUCAAAAACUUCAAGUCCCAUAAAUCGGAACCAAAAGUUCCAAAACGCGACAAUUGGCGGUCUCUCUCUUAAAUAACUGGCGAAGUGAACUGAAGUGGCGCCUUGCGUUUUCUGCCCUAGGUUUUCCCUUUAAUCCUUCAAUCUCUCAAAAUCUUAACCAAUCUUGUUUUCUCUCCUUCCAAACAGUUAUUUGUCUCCAAAAGUCCCUAAUUGUUGGGUUUCCAUGGAGGUAAAUCUAACGGAAGGGGCGGUGUCGCGGAUUAUAAGCAGAGAGGUGUCGACCGAGAGGGAUUUGAAACCUGUGCUUCAAGUGAUAGAGCUGAAGGAGGUUCAAACGACGUCGAAGAAUCCGCAACAGCAGCACCAGCAAGAACCGAAAAAGAGCGAGAGGUUCAGGCUACUGCUAUCGGAUGGGUCGUUGACGCAGCAAGGGAUGCUCGCAACCAAUAAGAACGAACUUGUGAAAUCCUCCAUGUUGCAAGUAGGAUCCGUUGUUCAAUUGACUCAGUACAUUUGCAAUGUCAUCCAAGAUCGAAUGAUUGUUAUUAUUAUUGAGUUGGAGGUGAUAGUUGGAAAAUAUGAUACCAUUGGGAAGCCUGUACCAGCACCAAAAUCUUCUAGGCUUGCACAAGUCCCUACUGAUCAACCUGGGACAGUGAUGGUGCAGACCAACUCUUUAGGAGGAAACUCAGUUGGUGGCAGUAUGGCUGAUAAGCUGAACUCCUCUGGAGCCACUCUACAGCAGCCUAGAGUGAAUCAACUGCAUGGUAGUUCUUAUCCUAAUGAAUCUGAACCAGUAAGAUAUUCUGCUGCAAAUUCACCAUCCCUUUAUCCUAAGGCAGAUCCUUCUGCUGGUUUUCCUGGAUCAUCACCUUUGAGUGGACCAUAUGGUGUUCAGAGUACAGGUUUCCAUAAUCCUAGGCCAGCAGCUUCACGUCCUCUAAGCACCUCUAACCGCCAACAAAUACCUUCCUAUCAACAGUCCUCCCCAAUGUACACUAACAGAGGGCCAGUAGCCAAGAAUGAGGCAGCACCCAGGAUAAUCCCGAUUUCUGCUCUGAAUCCUUAUCAGGGCAGGUGGACAAUAAAGGCCAGAGUAACGGCAAAGGGAGAACUGAGGCGCUAUAACAAUGCUCGUGGUGAUGGUAAAGUUUUCUCUUUUGAUCUCCUUGAUUCUGAUGGUGGGGAAAUACGGGUGACCUGCUUUAAUGCUGUCGUUGACCAAUUCUAUAACCAGAUUGAAGCUGGUAAAGUUUAUUUGAUUUCUAGGGGAAGUCUAAAACCUGCUCAGAAGGCUUUUAAUCACCUUAACAAUGAUCAUGAAAUAUUUCUUGAUAGCGCAUCAAUAAUACAGCCGUGUUAUGAGGAUGACAACACAAUUCCACACCAGCAGUUUCAUUUCCGUACCAUAAGUGAUGUUGAAGGCAUGGAGAACAAUAAUAUUGUGGAUAUAAUUGGUGUAGUAUCAUAUAUCAGUCCUACUGCUUCAAUAAUGAGAAAAAAUGGUACAGAAACUCAGAAGAGAACCCUUCAUUUGAAGGACAUGUCUGGCCGAAGCGUUGAAUUAACUUUAUGGGGAAUUUUUUGCAAUGUUGAAGGACAAAAGCUCCAGUCUUUGUGUGAUUCUGGGGAGUUUCCAGUUCUGGCUAUGAAAACUGGUAGGGUGAGUGAUUUUAAUGGGAAGGCAGUGGGAACUAUCUCUACAACCCAGUUAUUUAUCGAUCCUGAAUUUCCUGAGGCUCACAGGCUAAAGGAAUGGUUUGUCAGUGAGGGGAGGAACACUCCUUCUGUCUCUAUUUCUAGGGAAACAUCAAGUUUGAAUAGGACAGAUAAUCGAAAAACCAUAUCACAAAUCAAAGAUGAGAGGCUAGGAACUUCCGAGAAGCCUGAUUGGAUUACAGUUGUAGCAACUAUUGCAUACAUCAAGUUAGACAAUUUUUGCUAUACAGCUUGUCCAAUCAUGAAUGGGGAUCGUCAAUGCAACAAAAAGGUUACAAAUAAUGGAGAUGGGAAGUGGUGGUGUGAUAAAUGUGAUACAUCAGUAGAUGAAUGUGACUACAGAUAUAUAAUUCAGUUUCAGAUACAGGAUAAUACAGGCAUAACGUGGGUGACUGCUUUUCAGGAGUCUGGUGAGGAUCUCAUGGGGGUGUCUGCGAAGGAUUUGUACUAUUUGAGGUUUGAAAACCAAAAUGAUGAAAAAUUUAUGGAAAUCACACGCCAGGUUAUGUUUAACAAAUAUAUAUUCAAGUUGAAAGUGAAGGAGGAAACUUUCAGUGAUGAACAGCGUGUGAAAUCGACAGUGGUGAAAGUAGAAAAAGUAAAAUUUUCAUCAGAAUCGAGGUACCUUUUGGAUUUGGUUGAGAAGAUUAAAGCAAAUGAUUCUAGUCCAUUUGCAUCAAAGGCAGAGUUUACCACUCCUAAUCAUGGAAUGGAUUAUACUGGAAUGGGGACUGAUGGAAGCAGACAUCUUGCAACGACAACUGCUAGUAGAGAAAAUGGGUUAACUGCAAAUCAAGGGGGUCAAUAUGGAAAUCAGCACAGUGGUUCUAGGCUUAGAGAAACUUCUGAAAGCAUGGAUGUUUUCUGUAACAGUUGUGGGGUUACUGGUCAUAGCCCUACAAAUUGCCCUACCAUCAUGAAUGGUCCAGUACAGUCCAUGAGGAGGGACUAUUCUGCUGAUAGAAUAUCUUCUGGGGCAAGUGUCGGCCGUAUCUCAGAUGAGUGCUAUAAAUGCCAUCAAACUGGACAUUGGGCCAAAGACUGCCCAAAUUCGGGUCCAUCUUACGGAAGCACUGAUUUUUCAUCUGGGAGAUAUGGAGGAGUUCCAAGGCAACAGGCACCCUUCCAAAUUGUGCGGUACUAGCUUCACACCGGUAGGGCAUCGGACG